CACAGCCCCGCUGCUCUGCACAUCCUUACAGACUCUCUGAUAGCUGUUCAGCAGCACUUUGCGGUGGGUUCUCGCCGUUGCGUGAACAAAGGCGUGUCCCUGAGUCAUGCAUAUAAUAGCCAGACGAGCUGCGAUAAGCAUUGGCUCUCCAGUCCUCAGCUCUCUGUGCACCAGCAGACUCACCGGCAGCCGCAGGCUCUGUACGAUGGCCGAACAAGUGGUAUUCAACAAGCCAAAGGUUGAGCUGCAUGUGCACCUCGACGGCGCCAUCAGGGUGCAGACUAUUGUUGAUGUUGCUAAGAGACGCGGCAUCAGUCUGCCAGCAAAUACAGUGGAGGAGAUGACAUCGUUAAUAAUUGUCAAAGAGCCAGCCACCCUCACUAAGUUCCUGGGCAAGUUCGCUGAGUACAUGCAUGUGGUUGCUGGAGACAGAGAGGCCAUAAAGAGGAUAGCGUUUGAGUUUGUUGAGGACAAAGCGAAGGAGGGAGUGAUUUAUGUCGAGGUUAGAUACAGCCCACAUUUCCUGGCUAACACACAAGUGGAUCCCAUACCGUGGAACCAGGAAGAAGGUGACCUGAGUCCGGAUGAGGUGGUGCGCUUGGUUAAUGAGGGCCUCAAGGAGGGGGAGAGGGCCUUCAACAUCACAGCCAGGUCCAUUCUAUGCUGCAUGCGCCACAUGCCAAGCUGGUCCAUGGACGUUGUUGAGCUGUGUAAGAAAUAUCGGCACGAGGGAGUGGUCGCCAUCGAUCUGGCAGGUGAUGAGUCACUCAACUGUGAAGCCAAUUCAGAGCACAGACAGGCCUAUGAGGAAGCAGAGCGUUGUGGGAUCCACAGAACAGUCCACGCAGGAGAGGUUGGUCCGCCGACAGUGGUGAAGGAGGCCGUGGAAGUGCUGAAAGCUGAACGUGUUGGACAUGGUUACAGAACCCUGGAAGACCAAGUCCUGUACAAAAAUCUGCUGGCUCAAGACAUGCACUUUGAGGUGUGUCCUAUUUCCAGUAAGCUGACAGGUGCCUGUAACUCAGACUUCACCAAGCAUCCUGUCAUCACGUUCAGGAAGGACAAAGCUAACUACUCCCUGAACACCGAUGACCCUCUGAUCUUCAACUCAAGCCUGCACGACGACUACAGCAUCGCACACCAGUUCAUGGGGUUCACCGAGGAGGAAUUCAAACGACUGAACAUCAAGUCUGCAGAGUCGAGCUUCCUGCCUGAGGAGGAGAAGAGGGAGCUCCUCGACAAACUGUAUGAGGCCUAUGAGAUGAAACAGAGUACCGCCUUUUAAAACCUGUUGAGAAACUCUGAGGAGAGAACGUGACCUAACCCAGGGACAAAUCGCUCCGAACCCUUAAUCUCUCCACCUGACACAGGAGAAUGUGUUUUUACUUAUUUGUAACUAGAUAUAAAGUCUGUUUAUCUUACGGCUGCUGCCUUCACCUCACAUGUCCAUACAUCAUUAGCAUGAGGGCUUCUACUUUGUCUGUAUUCCAACUAAGCACUUACACACUGUUAAUAAUUUCGUUUACAGGACAGUUCUGGAGGAUGUCAUGGUGCUCUGCAAAGUGCAAGAAAGUGUUAUUCAUUUAUGAAACAAACCCUUUUUAUAUCAAAACCUUGUGUUUACAUCCUGUUGUCAUAAAGAAAAUCAGGGAAAUAUUAACGCACAAUUCUUAAACACUCAUGAGUAACAGUUAUAGCAGUUGGUCAGCGUGUAAGGGAAGGAUAGUGGAGGUUAUUUAUCAUUUAUCUCUGUCAUAGCUAAAACAUUAUGUUGUAGUAUCCUCAUUUGUGGUAGUGGGUGAAGCAUGUGAUGAAAGAUAUGUGAAAGCAGUAUAUACACUAUGAACUCACUAUCUGUAAGGGGAAAUGUGGUUUACUGUGAAUAUUGUUUGGUUUAAGGUUGAAGUAAGGGAAUCCAGUGUUAGAAACACAAGCACUUUUUGCCCACCACAUAGAAAACUGCAGGACACAUCAGGUAAAAACAGCUCAAUACCAAAAGUCUAGUCUUAUAUUUGAUCACUAGGUGGCACACUACUGUCACCCAGAUGGACAAACCACUGACGACUGAAUGUGGUUUUCCAUUUGAUCAUUUCUCUCUCAUUUCUUUUGAUGUAAAUAUAUUUUUUAAAAUAUUUUUUUCAUGUCUCUAAAUGAAAAAUCAAUUCCAUUUAUAACUGCCACAUUUCGCACUUAUGAAAAACAUAAUAAAAGUUAUUAUGAAAUGUU